CAUCAACACAACCAGAAAGGCGACUGCAGCCACAAUGUUGAGCACGAACGGGAUCAAAAGCCAGAAUUGUCACCUUGAUCGCGCCACUGUGGCCUUCUCAGGCUCUUUGGUCUGAGGGGCAGCAUUGGCAACCUUUUGAACCAAUUCGUGGAGCCUCAGUCCGAUUCUGCAGACAGUUCCAGCCCCGCCUCAAAUUCGAGUGACAAUGAGUCUCCCAACCUCCCGCAAUCGCACCUCCUUCCAACAGCUGGAAAAGCUGGGCGAAGGUACAUAUGCAACGGUCUACAAAGGGCGCAACUGCCAAACGAAUGAGAUAGUGGCCUUGAAGGAGAUCCAUCUCGACGAGGAAGAGGGAACUCCCUCGACCGCGAUCCGGGAGAUUUCUUUGAUGAAGGAACUCGACCAUGAAAAUAUUCUUUCUCUACGCGAUGUUCUGAAUACAGACAACAAACUCAUCCUUGUGUUUGAGUACAUGGACAAUGACCUCAAGCGCUACAUGGAUGCGCAGAAUGGACCUCUGGAUCCCAACACUAUUAAAUCGUUCUUCUACCAAUUGAUGCGCGGCAUCGCCUUCUGCCACGAAAAUCGCAUUCUCCAUCGAGAUUUGAAGCCCCAGAACCUGCUGAUCAACCGGAACGGUCGGCUGAAACUUGCCGAUUUUGGGCUAGCACGUGCCUUUGGGAUUCCCAUCAAUACCUUUUCUAAUGAGGUGGUCACCCUCUGGUAUCGGCCCCCGGAUGUGCUGUUGGGGAGCCGCAGCUACAAUACCAGCAUUGAUAUCUGGUCUGCUGCUUGCAUCAUGGCUGAAAUGUACAACGGUCGCCCGCUGUUUUCGGGAACGACGAACGAAGACCAGUUGCUCAAGAUCUUUCGCGUGAUGGGCACCCCCACUGAGCUUACAUGGCCUGGAGUCAGCCAGCUACCCGAAUACAAAUCUACUUUCCCGGUUUACGCCCCGCAAAGCCUACGACGCCUGGUUCCACGGAUAGAUCCGAUAGGCGCCGAUCUUCUGGAACGCAUGCUGCAGUUACGCCCAGACUUCCGCCUCAGUGCGAGCGAUGCGCUGCAACAUCCGUGGUUCCAUAGCCUCCCUGAAUUCACAGCAUCCCACCAAAAUACCUUAAAACUGAACUACCCAAAUUAACGAUAUUGCUCACAUGUGAACGAGUGAGACGAAUAUUCCUUAGCAAAUGCAAGUUAACUUGAGUGCCUGACCUGGCUUGACCGCUCGCCCAAUAAUCAUGUGCACCUCGUCCCAAACAUGUCUGGGCUCGAUAACCUGAAAAAGGAUCUCCAAAAUCGACCGAGUCGUCUGUGAGAGAGCCGGAAAAUCUAAAUUCUGUUAGACUCGAGCUCUAAGUAUUGGAUUUUUGUCUAUCUUCUGUUGUUUGACCUGAAAAUGUUGGUGUUGCAUAUCUCUAAGGCCUUCCAUUCAGGACUGGGAGUCACAGAUCUUUCAGCAGACACACGCACCCACCAGGACUUUGUCUGGGAAUGUAACAUAACUAGUAUAGUAUAUCCCGUAUACAGUGAUAAACCAAUGGAGUAAACCUUGCGCCCUGUUUCUCAGAGAUCAGGAGGAGAUGCCA